AUGGCGAGCACCCCGAAGCAAAAGUUUCGGCCGUCGCUGGGUGAGCCAUCGCGCGUCAGCCGACUCCGGGCACAAUCUCCUGGUGCCUCUUCGGUGGGUUCGGGUGAGGACAUUGGUACUUCACCUCGCAGGCGUGCGCUGUUCCCGAGCGGUGCAGGGCGCACCCGUGCACUCGUGAGCUCAAGGCACUCUCGCGACCCAAGACCAGUCGGAGACAGAGCCUUCACUGCGCAAUGCGCCAAGAACGUGGUGGAACUCCUCUCUGCUCGGGGAUAUUCCAAGACGUUCUCACACGACAAGCUCCUCAAGGAUCCUUCCACGAAAGAGUUCUACGACGUCUUUCGCUUCUUGAUUGCCCAGUUGGACCCACAGUUGGAAGUCGAAGGCAAGAUGGAAGAUGAAGUGCCCAGCAUCAUGCGACGGUUGAAGUAUCCGGUGGAAGUGAAUCGAUCCAAGCUUCAGGCCAUCAGCGGCCCGAAUACUUGGCCGCAACUGCUCGCGGUCUUGGACUGGCUCACAGUCCUUGUUCGCAUCAGCGACGAGCUGAUUGAGCCGUUGGCAGCUUGCCAACUUGGGCUUUCAGAUGUGGGAGACCCUGACCGGGAUGCAGGAGAUCAUCACGUUCUGAGAUCCUUACAUGAGAACUACUUGAACUUCUUGAGUGGGAAAGACGACAGUGGUGACGAAGAGAGGCUGCGGAUGAUCUACAUGCAGCGCCUGGAAGCCCUGCAGGCAGAAAUCCAACGGUUGGAGAACCAGCAGGUGGAAAUGCAGCAGCGGUUGCAAGAUUUCCAGGGAGAGCAUGACAGGUUGCUAGAACUCCAGAAGAUGCCUGCUCAGCUUGAAGUGGAAGCCGAUCGCUUGCGCAGCAUCAUCCAGGCGCAAGAGCACAAGGUGCAGACCAUCGAGGACGAAAUGGUGUGCAAGGAGGCCGAGGAGCGCGAGCAGCAGAAGGAGAUUGAGACAUUGCAGGCCAAGCGCGCCUACCUGGCGGAGCAGGUGGAGAGCCAGGCGUACUCAAGGAGAGACAUCGAGCGCUUGCAUGCCGAGCGGUCCCAUCUGCGGCAACUCUUCAAGGACUUGAAGGCAGAGGGCGAACGGGCCGAUGAAGAAGUAUGGGAGCUUGGUAUGCAAGAGAAGAGCCGAGCUGAAGAGAUCGGUCGCCUGGUCCGACAGGUCAAUGAUACGGUCGAGUGCUUGACGCAUGCCCUUACCGAGGAGGAGGCCGAUAUUUUUGACUUUCGAGUUCGUGUCGACCUGUCUGAGCCAAGUGAUGCUCUGGCAUCGCUGGCUUUCGACGAUCAAAAGAGCUGGGCACAGGCGGCGUCUUCCUCCCAUGGCGAGCGGCUUCAACAAGCGGAGUUUGCACUGCACGAGCUCCUCGAGGAACAGCGUGGGCUGCAGACCUCCUUGGCCGAGAAGGAGGGCGAAGCUCGUCACAUGAGGGCGCGGCACGAGCAGCUUACGCGCAUUUACCAGGAGUAUCGUGAGUGGAGUGCUUCUCAGAUAGACGAUGCCCAGAAGACCACGGAAGCGACUGAGGAUGCUGUGCACGAGAUUUCCAUCGGAAGUGCAGCUCCUUCGCUGAGAGAUGCUGCGGAGGUGGACAAGCUAAAGUUGACCCUGGCGUCGGUGCAGACUCAGGGUGCGCACGAGCGCGCGCAGCUGGAGGAGCAAAUCCGCCGGGAUGAAGAGCGUUUGGAGGAACAUCGACAACUCAUCAUGCGAGAGCUUGACAGCUAUGCGAAGGCUUCGACUGCACUCUGCGAGGAUGUGGAAGCCGCCUUGCUGGAGCGGCGCAGUGGUUCAGCAUGGUGUGCCAUCGGCAGCUUCGGUGGGGGCCUCCUUGGUGGAGAUGAGGUAGAUAUGGCUGUGGAAGUGGAUUCGAAUGCCACACUGACCCUCGUGACUCAGGCGUCCACGAAGAUCUACCGGACAAACCAGGAUCUUCCAGCAACUCAGCGCUUUUCAGUCAGGAUCAGGAAGGGUGGGCUUCUCGUGCUCGCUCCUGAUCCCUUGGUCCCGUUUGCUAGCUCGCAGUACUCUCAGCAGAUGCGCUUCACAUUGACACCCGACACAGAUGCCAGUGCUGGUGACGGGGCAUCUGCUGUCAUCGUGGACUGGCUUGGUGCAGGCAGAAUAGCUUCCGGAGAGAGGUGGGCUUUUGACGAGUAUGCUUCUCGCUUUGAGUUUGUUUGGGAGGAGGACGCCAGCGAGGGCACUUCAGGAGGCAAGGUGAAAAGACCACGCCUGGUAGAGGCAGUGCGUCUUCGAAGAGAUGACUGUAAUUUCUUGGACCAUCCUCUUCAGUCGUUUGAUGCUUUUGUCACCAUUUUUGCAUGCGGGUCGCAAGCCCGAAGAGUGGUACGCAGAACCAAAGCAGUCGCGUUGCUACUCGCCGCUCGAGCAGGCGCACGGGUUAGGUCUGAAGAGGCCAGUCAAUUUGGAGGAGACAAUUCUAGCGAUGUGUCGUUGCCGCAGACGAAAGGUCAAGCGCUCAUGGGAGUAACGACCGAUGAGAAUUCAGGAUGUACGGUAAUAAGACUUAUGGCUGAACACACUGAAGACGUGUAUCGGCUUCUACAUGUUUGCCUGGAACCCCUUGCGAGCUUGCUGGGUGCUGAACCCUAUGCCGAUCGCGUACAUGGUGCUGGAGUGUUUCAGAUCGUACAGACGAAAGCCGGUCCGGCAUCAUCUGCAGAGCCAGAACAUCCCAAGCCAGCGUUCACUCAUGAGCUGAACCUGCAGCAGCAGUUUACUUUGUGUCACCUGACUGACGCCACCCUUCCAGUUGGUGGCUUUGCUCACUCUGGCGGUAUCGAAGCGGCCGUGCAGCUGGGUCUCCUGAGCCGGCAGGAAGGUGACAUCGACGGCCUGAGGCAUUUUAUCAAGAUGCUCGCGCUCUCAACUUUUCGACUGCAAGGCCCUUUUGUGAGAAGUGCCCACAGGCUGGGUGCUAAAGCAGAUGGUGUUCCCGAGCUCCGCGGGCUCGACGAGGAUUUGCAUGCCCAUCUUGCAGGCGGCUUGGCCUGUCGGGCCUCGCUGCUGCAAGGUGCCGGUUUGAGUCGCAUCGGUCGCCGCUGGUGCAAUUUGUCAGGGCUGCCAAGGAACGGUCACUUUGCGAGCUUUUUUGGUCUUCUUUGCGCAAGGCUGGACCUACCGCAAGAAGUAAGCGUGCAGGCUUUCCUUUACUGCAGUGUCCGAGAUGCUGUUUCGGCUGCGGUUCGCUUGAACCUGGUCGGACCUCUACAAGCUGUUGAACUGCAGCGCUGCAUUCUCGCCGAUCUGGAGCAUUUGCAGGGAGAUUGUGUUGGCGAUGAGCCCUUCGGGUGCGCUCCGCUCGUAGACUGUGCACAUGCUGCUCACGAUCUGCUGGAAGCGCGUCUCUUCCUUACCUAG